CUGAUGUUCCAAAAUGUCACUGAUAUUUUAAAGUAUUGACAUUAAAGUUAAUAUUAAUACUAAUAGAUAGUUAACGUUAUAAAAACUACAAUUUAAAGCAUUUAUAACAUUAAAUUAAAAUGGGCAAUUGGAAAUUAGAAGUCGGCAGAAUGGCUAUGUACACAUCAUUCCCAGUUGCUCUAUUUUUUUUCUUUAACCAACCAACCUAUUUCGAGGAAUGGGUAACUAAUACUAAACGCCAAAUAUUUCCCCCAGAAAAUAAGCAGGAUCGAGAAGCUAUACAGAAGUUAAUACAGGAUAUGAAAAGGAAACAGAUGAGAUCAAUUGAAGGAGAGUAACUAGCAACAUGAUUGUUUUAAAAUUUUAUAAAAAUAGGUAAUUUUGUAAAUAUUUAAUUAGAGUAAUUAACAAUUGAAACUUACUUUUAUUUUAAUUAACAUUAAAAACAUUUCCUUUCCCUUUCUAAUGGUAGUAUCACCAGUAAAUUCUUGUUUAAAUGUAAUAAAAUGAGAUAAGUAUUUUGUAAUAAUUAUCAUUAUUAUUCUAUUUUGUAUUUUGCAAUGACAUUGUCAUAUUUUCUAGAAUUGAAAUAACUAUAAAACAUUUUGCAAGUUGUCACUCUAGAUAGAGAAUUUCAUAAUUAUUUUCCAUCUUAGAAAAUAUAGAAGAUAUUAAUUACUGUUUACCAAUCAUUUGAAGAGGUGUAAUUAGAGUUUAUUGCCACCUUUAAGCUAUACCAGUAUACUUCUCUCAACUUUAUAAUUAAAAUUAUUUCAAUAAGUUAUAGUAAAUAAAGGUAUAAUGUGGAUUACAUUACAACCAUUACCUAAUAUUUUGAAAAGGUGCUUUAUAAUGACCUCUGUUAUAAGAAUAUGUACUCACAUAAUGAUUGACUGUAAUGAGUGAUACCAAUUAAAUAAAACAUUAACAACAUGUUGUAAACAUUUUAAUAACAAUAGUUAUGUGACCAUCACACCACAAAAUAUAUAAAAAAACCAUUAAUCUAAUUUCAUAUGUCUAUUUUUGUAAUGAUAACUUAUUAUUAGUCCCACUAAUAAAGAUAAGAAUGAAGGAUAUAAAACAU